AUGAUAAAUAAUAUAACUAAUAGUAGAGAAGAGAUCGUUGUAGAUAAUCAACAUUCAGAUUCUGUAAAUUGUUUGUCAUGGAAGAAAGAAGCAUUGAAGUUGGCUAUUGAUGAGAAGAUCUUUGAGAAAGAUCCUUUGAUUCUUUUAUAUAAUUUAGAUCAUUUCAGAUCGUUGGCACGCGAAGCCAAUGAACAGUUGGGUGGUAUCCAAUCGAUGGCUAUCAAGUCGAAUCCUGUCAUGGGAUUGAUGAAGGAAGCGGUGCGUUGCGGCCUCGGUGCAGAGGUUGCCUCGUUCGGUGAGCUGAAAAUCGCAGAGGCCGCCGGAUUCCCGGUGGAGAAAAUCAUCUACGACUCGCCUAUCAAGUCACAAGAGGAGUUGGAAUACGCUCUGAAUCUCGGUGUCAAGCUGAAUGUCGACAACUUCCAGGAGCUCGACAGAAUCAUCGCCAUCGUCGAGAAAAUGUCGGCUGAGAAGCUAGCAACUGUUUGUGUCGGAAUUCGUGUCAAUCCACAGGUUGCCGCUGGAAAAUACCAGGAUCUCAGCACCGGUGUGCCAACCUCCAAGUUUGGAAUCGGUAUGGAGAAUAGCGAGCGUAUCGUUCAAAUGUAUCAGACCUACAAAUGGCUGAACAACGUUCAUCUCCAUGUCGGUUCCCAGGGUUUCGAAAUGUCACAGACAUCCGACGCCAUCGUAAAGGUUUUCGAGUUGGUCGAGCACAUCAAUCAGCUCACCAACAAACAGAUCCGAUUCUUCAAUAUCGGUGGUGGUCUCUCUGUAAAUUUCGACUCUGAAAAAGACACACCUACAUUCAGCCAGUAUGCAGCGCAUCUCCGUGAGAAGCUGCCACGUCUGUUCUCCGGUGACUACGUGGUGAUCUCUGAGUUUGGUAGAUCGUACUUUGCCAAGAGCGGUGUUGUCGUCAGCAAAGUAGAGUAUACAAAGCAAUCGGGUGGUCGUGACAUUGGUGUCAUCCAUGCCGGUGCCAACUUAUUCAUUCGUACCAUCUAUCAACAUCCACUCUGGAAGUUGAGAGUAACCGCUUUCAGCCACGAAGGACAAUACUUGGAUGGAUCCAAUGGUAGUUCCAUCUAUGAUUUGGCUGGUCCAUGUUGUUUUGCUGCUGAUCUAUUAGUAAAAGAAAGAAAACUUCCACAUUUAAAUCCAAAUGAUUUUAUAAUGGUACAUGAUUCCGGUGCCUAUAUGUACUCCUCUUACAGUCAUUAUAACCUGAGACUUGCACCACCCAUCUAUGCCAUUGACAGUGAAGUGCAAAAUCUACGUUUAAUUAAAAAAGGUGAAACAAUAGAAGAUAAAAUUAGAUUCUUCUCUUAA